AUGAAAACGAUUUUCUUAUUUUGCCUUUUGUUUGAUUUAACUGAAAAAAUAUAUGGAGUAUCAUUGUCCGACUUUUAUCCAUUUGGAAAUAGAACUGGUGACAAAAGGGCUCCAACAAACGAUGAUGGAUCAACUCAACCAAUACCGAUCAGCAGCUACUUUCCGAUUUUUAAUCAUCAACAUGACUCCUUAAUUGUUAACACAAAUGGAGUCAUUUCCUUUCUGGGAACAAUGCGCACGUUUACUCCUAGCGCAUUUCCACUAGCUAGUGAACGUAGAAUAAUAGCACCGUACUGGGCUGACAUAGACACAAACAAUGGUGGCGAUGUUUGGUAUCGCGAAUCAACAAAUCUUACAUUGUUGGGAGAGGCGUCGGAAGAAAUACAUGAGAUUUUUCCAGAACAAUUUAAUUUUCAUGCAUCGUGGAUGUUCAUCGCAACAUGGGACAAUGUAGCAUUUUUUGGAGCUGAUAGAUGUACAUUUCAAUGUGUGUUGGUUACAAAUGGACGGCAUUCUUUCACCAUAUUUCUGUAUAACAAGAUUGAAUGGACAACAGGUACUGCCAGUAAUGGUGACAGUACAAGUGGAUUAGGUGGAAUUCCGGCACAGGUUGGAUUUGAUGCGGGUGAUGGUUUAAACUACUAUGCAAUAGAUGCAUCAAGGACAUCAAAUAUAAUAAACGUAACACAGAUGUCUAACAUCGAUUUUCCAGGGAAAUUAAUUUUUCGUGUAGACAGUACUUCAAUUAAAAAAGGUGGAUGUAAUGUAGAAGGUACACUCACAAUAACGCCAAGAGAAGCAACCAUGCUUGGAGGAACAAAGCUUAUUAUAUCUGGGCCCUGUCUCAACCUUACCAAAGCAAUAAGUCUAUUGAUGUCAGAUGGAACGGAUGUACCUUGUCAAAAGUUCAAUCAGUUCAGUGUGUCCUGUAUUUCUCCACCAGUAUACAGGACAGGCAAGGAAAUUGUUGUAUUGCGUCUUACACAGGCUAGUAGCAAUCAGACAUUGCAUCCAUAUUAUUGGUCUGAUAUGUUUACAGUAAAUGUAGACUUUGACCAUAGCCAGGCAAUAUGUGACAAAAUGUUAAACGAGGAUGAAAACCUUCCACCUAUAGAUACAGAUGAUGUACAACCAUGCCCAUGUACUCUAAAUGUUGCCAGUUUAGAUACAACUCGGUUUAGUGUAGAUCACUUCUGCCACAAACAAGAAGGAUCUGCAUACCAAUGUGCAAACCAACCAUUUGCUCAAAUCUGCUUUAGGCAAAACGUUGCAUCAUCACGUGGAUACGACCAUCAAUGUUGUUAUGACGAAAUAGGCGUUUUAAUGAAUCCAAAUGGAUAUUAUGGAAGUGGAUAUGUAAACAGAUACCAUUACCAUGGUGACGGGACAGAAAAUAUUCCAUACUUUUCCAACUUCAUGUAUGACACAAUACCAUACAAACACUGUUGCAUCUAUACAUCUGAGGACUCGGAGGAGGUUGAUUCAAACUUUGGUAACUGUGCUUCAUUUUAUACCAGACGGCCACCUAACUCAUGCUUAAACUAUGUUCCACCAAGACCAGCUCGAGUGUCAGGUGAUCCACAUUUUGUGACAUUUGAUGGUCAUGCUUAUACAUUCAAUCCUGCUGGAGAAUUUGGAGCGCUUUCUAAUGGUAACUUGUCAUUACAAUUACGAAUGGAACAGAUUGGAAGUUCUCAAGCUAGUUCUGUCACAUCAUUCGUUGCACGACCAUAUCCAGGAGCAGACACAAUUGAGGUUCAAACUAAUCAAAUACGUGGUAUUGAUGUUCUUGUGAACGGUACAGUAUUGGAUCUGGAUUCGUCUAUCAGCAAGGUCAAUUCGGUUGAAGGAACAAAUAUUGAGAAGAUUUCUGAUGACCCACCUACAGUAGUAACAACUUUUUACACAGAAGGGCUCUCCAUUAGAUCUUCCAGUCAACACAAUGUUUUAAAUUUAGUGAUUUUAACAUCCCCUGAGAGGCAAACAGGUAAUCUUACUGGUUUGUUUGGAGAUAAUGAUGGUAUCAAGGACAAUGACCUUGUUUCUAAACAAAAUGUUGUGAUUGAAGGAAAUGCAUCAGCAUCUGAUAUCCACCAUACAUUUGGAUCAUCAUGGAGAAUAGAGGAAAGUGAAUCUCUAUUCACGUACGAAGGAGGGAAGACCUUUUCUUCAUAUCAAAAUGAAAACUUCACCCCACUCUUUGUUAUACCUGAGGAUGUUCCGACAUACGUAACAGAUUUGUGUGGAUCCAAGACUGAAUGUAUCUACGAUACUUUGGUAACAAACAAUACAGACUUUGGUCAGAUGUCAGCAGAUUCGACAGAUCAGUUUGACUAUGUGAAAGAUAUCACUGUUCAAAGUGAGUAA